AUGACCUUCUUUGGGAAGCGUAGAGAAAGCGGUGGAUCGGAUGUCGAGAAGGCAUCGGCCGACCCAUCGGAAGGCCAAGGACGAAUGGACCCGAAGGUCCUAGAUCCUAAUACUGGAGAGACAGAAGGACUCUCACAGGAGCAAGAGGAAGUUUUACAUAGAAAGUUGAAGGGACGGCAUAUGCAAAUGAUUGCUAUCGGGGGCUCUAUAGGAACAGGUCUGUUUGUUGGCUCUGGGAGUGCUUUGCAAUCUGGUGGCCCAGCAUCAUUGGUUAUCGACUUCAUCAUCAUUGGCAUCAUGCUUUUCUUUACGGUUCAUGCCCUAGGAGAAUUAGCUGUUAUGUAUCCAGUAGCCGGUGCGUUCUACACAUAUUCUUGCAGGUUUAUCGACCCAGCCUGGGGUUAUGCAAUGGGUAUGAAUUAUGCAUUCAACUGGCUCGUUGUGCUACCUCUCGAACUUACCGCCGCUGCCGUGAUUGGCUUUAUCAUUACGGCCAUAAUAAUCAACUGUGGCGGCGUUCCGACUGAUAACAGAGGAUAUAUUGGUGGAAGGUACUGGCAUACACCAGGCGCAUUCCGUAACGGAUUCAAAGGCUUCUGCUCCGUCUUCGUCACGGCCGGUUUCGCAUUUGCCGGUACUGAACUUGUUGGCCUUGCUGCCGCUGAAGCUGAUAACCCACGAAAGUCUCUACCAAAGGCCACGAAACAAGUUUUCUGGCGAAUUAGUUUGUUCUACAUCGUUAGUUUGACUUUGGUCGGCUUGAUCGUGCCUUCUGACGAUAGUCGCUUGCUCAACGCAUCUGGUGGGAAUACCGCUGCUUCGCCAUUCGUGAUUGCCUUCCAACUGGCGAAUAUCGCGGUGCUACCCUCCAUAUUCAACGUUGUUAUAACGCUUGCUGUUAUUUCGGUUGCCAAUUCGUGCACUUAUGGGUCUACAAGAACGCUCCAUGCACUCGCGGAGCGCCAUAUGCUCCCGUCAUGGUUUGGCUAUGUAGAUAGCCAUGGACGACCCGUGUUUUCACUGAUAAUAGCCCUUCUCUUCGGAUGCCUAGCUUUCAUUAACGAAGCCGCAGCUGGUGAGGAAAUAUUCAACUGGUUGCUCGCCCUUUCCGGUCUCUCUCAGUUCUUCACAUGGGCCAGUAUCAAUCUUGCCCAUAUUAGGUUUCGCCACGCUUGGAAACUUCAAGGUAACUCGCUUGAUGAAAUACCAUUCCGUGCCGCUGGUGGGAUCAUUGGGUCAUACAUGGGCUUUGGAUUAAACUGUCUUGUCCUCGUCGCCCAAUUCUACAUUGCCAUUUCUCCUUUGGGCUCUCCGAUGAGUGCCAAAAAUUUCUUCCAAAACUAUCUCGCCGCAUUUAUAAUCCUGCUAUUCUAUCUCGGAUAUAAAUUUUGGAAACGGGACUGGAGCUGGUACAUCAAACUUGAAGAUAUCGAUUUGGUAACUGGGAGAAGAGAAUUAAAUCUUGGGGAAACUUUACGCAAGGAACGGGAAGAAAGGGCAGGGUGGCCGACAUGGAAGAAGGCCUGGCAUUGGUUCUGCUAG